CAGGUGCGGCUGCAGGUGCAGAGCGUGGAGAAGCCCCAGUACCGUGGGACGCUGCCGACUGCUUCCAGUCCAUCAUCAAGCAGGAGAGUGUGAGUGCUGGCCUGUACAAAGGCCUGGGCUCACCCUCAUGGGGCUCACCUUCAUCAACGCACUGGUGUUUGUACAGGGCAACACCCUCAGAGCCUGGGCUGGCCGGACUCCCCGCUCAACCAGUUUCUGGCAGGCGCUGUGCAGCAGGUGCAUCCAGUGUGUCAUCUGCUGCCCCAUGGGAGUUGGCAGACGCGGGCUGCAGCUGCAGACACAGGGCUCCGUGCGCACCUACAAGGGCUCCCUGGACUGCCUGGCUCAGAUCUACCAGCAGGAGGGUCUGCGCGGGAGCAACCGCAUGGUGUCCACGCUGCUGCGGGAGACACCCAGCUUCGGGGUCUACUUCCUCACCUAUGACGUGUUGACACGCGCCCUGGGCUGCGAACCAGGGGACCGGCUGCUGGUGCCCAAACUGCUGCUCGGCAGGAGGGCACGUCAGGCAUCAUGUCCUGGCUGGUCCACCUACCCAGUAGAUGUGGUCAAGUCACGGCUACAGGCUGACGGGCUACAGGGUGCCCCGCGCUACCGAGGCAUCCUUGACUGCGCACACCAGAGCUACCAGGCAGAGGGCUGGCGUGUGUUUACGCGUGGACUGGCCUCCACCCUGCUGCGUGCCUUCCCGGUCAAUGCUGCCACCUUCGCGCCACCGUGACCAGUGGUGCUCACCUACACGCGGGGCGAAGACAACCGAUCAGAGGGUGAGGCUACGUCCACUGCCCCGCGGCCAGCCCUGGCCCAGCCAUCUAGUCUGUGA